GUUCCAAUCCCAACGUCAUAAAGUGAUCAUUCAGUGAAUUAUUUUAUUACAUUUCUUUGUGACGUCAUAUAUAUAGCCGCCCAUCCUACCAUAUGAACGCAACCGGUGAGAGCAAACGCUUGCACGCCAUGUUUUCACAUCGGGAGAAGGUUAUGGUGAUGUGUUACUAGGUAGAUAAACUGUGUGUAGAAGUAACGGGCUUACACCGGACAGCACAUGUCCGCGACCAAGAGAAGCUGUUAAGCCAUGGCGAAAAGCACGACGGAUGAGAAGAUGGAACUAAAAGAGACAGCUGACAAAAAUGAAAAACCGGCUAACAAAAAGAGUGCUUGGGGCAAGAUCAAAACUAAUGAACCAGAGAAAAAAUCUGUUUGGAGACAAAUGGUGGAUGAUGUAAAGAUCAGACAGCGACGAAGGCAGUCGAAGGCGUUAAGCAUUCAUGAAGGUGACCCUUUUCUGAAGCGCCUCGCUCUUAAUAGCGGUAUUAACACGAAUAGCCCAGAUGGACAUGGCUGCUUUGACAUUUGCACCAAGAAGUUUUGGGCGGAAGGUAUCAUCGACCCAUCCAAGCAGUUUAUAUACUACUGGAUGUCAGUUGUGUCGCUUGCAACCACAUACAAUCUGGUUUUAAUCCCUCUACGGUCGGUGUGGUACGAGGAGCAGUUGGGAAUGUUUCACAUAUGGAUGGGAUUCGACUAUACCUGCGACACCAUAUACCUAAUAGAUAUGUUCAUGCAGUCAAGAACAGCUUUCCUGGAACAGGGUCUACUCGUUCGGAAGAAGGCGCGACUGGCUUUAAGUUAUAUGAAAUCGUGGACUUUCUGGGUCGACGUGUGUUGCUUGCUACCGACCGAUUUCGGGUAUUUAACUUUGGGGACAGACGCUACUUAUCUGCGGCUCAACCGCGCUUUGAAGAUGUACCGCUUACGGCAUUUGUUUCAAAUUAUGGAGACAAGAAGCAGUUUCCCAAAUGCGCUUCGUAUUGCUAUUUUGAUUUUCUACAUCUUGGUCCUGUGUCAUUGGAAUGCGUGUUUUUAUUACCUCCUCAGUCGGUAUCUUGGAUUCGGUGUCGACGAAUGGGUGUAUCCAGACCUUACUGAGAAAGACCACAGCACCUAUACCCACAAGUUCCUUUACUCUUUUUUCCGGUCAGUACUUAUGCUAACCACGAUUGGCGACGAAAUGGUGCCCGAGAGAGUAGAAGAAUACCUGUUUGUCAUAGCCAAUUCCCUUGUUGGUGUGCUCAUUUUCGCUACCAUUUUCGGUAACGUCGGAGGCGUGAUAGCAAACAUGAAUGCUGACAGAGAGGCAUUUCAGAACAAAGUCGACGCCGUCAAGCAGUACAUGAAAAUUCGCGCUGUGGGCAAAGAUUUGGAAGACCGCGUGUUACGCUGGUUUGAUUACACCUGGAUCAAUAAGGAGUCUGUGGAUGACAGCGCCGCGGUGAGCUGCUUGCCGGACAAGUUGAAAGCCGAGAUCUCCAUCAGAGUCCACAUGAAUACCUUGCGGCGAGUCGCCAUUUUCCAAGACUGUGAGCCUGGUCUGUUGGCUGAGCUCGUUCUGAAACUGAAAUUGCAAGUGUUCAGUCCAGGCGAUUACGUCUGUCGUAAAGGUGACAUUGGCAAGGAGAUGUACAUCGUGAAGAGAGGACGCUUGGAUGUCGUUUCUGAAGACGGUAAGAAAGUGUUCGUCACACUGACGGAUGGCGCCGUGUUUGGUGAGGUCAGCACCCUGAACAUAGCGGGUAACAAGACUGGGAACAGGCGAACUGCCAGUGUCAGAAGUGUGGGUUACUCGGAUCUGUUCUGUCUCAACAAACACGACAUGUGGGACGCCUUGCAGGAGUACCCAGAGGCCAAAAAGAUGCUCUCGGAAAAGGGCAAGCAAAUUCUGCGAAAAGACAAUUUGCUGGACGAAGAAGCAGCAAGGCGAGACGAAAGGAGACAACAGGCCUUCGACCAGAAAAUAGACAAUAUGCUAGAUAUGAUAAUGGACUUGCAGGCUGACAUGGCCUCCUUAGAGAAGUGUGUUCAGCAGUUGACCUCAUCAUCAACCUCUACCAAGGAGGUGAACCCCGAGGAUACGUGACUCUCAGCAUAUAGACACGCCUUGACAGUAGCGUGUAGCUGAUAUAUACAGGGCAAAUGUAUAAAAUCACUUUUCCAAUGUAUAUCAUCAAAGCAGCCGCCUUUCAGUCGCCAGGAGACACGGGGCGCAGGUUCAAAAGCGACCUUGAGCAGAGAAUUUGUUGAGUUCCCCGCUCUUGUUGCUUGUGGUGAGAGUAAGGUCGACGGCGGUCUUGUGGCCGUUUGGGUGUUUAUCGUUCCCUGUAGACCGAUUGUCUUCCACGAAUAUGGUGUGCAUAUCUGCAUGUAUAUAUGUGUGAAAGUUUACCAGUAACUUGCCCAUGGUUAGUUGUUUACCCUGGACACACCGUUUUUAUCCGGGCACCCCGAUUUCCUCCCGGCACCCAGGUUUCCUCCUGGUACUCUGGUUUCCCCCACCUAUAGCACUGACCGCCAUCAUAUCAAUGAAAGGUCUUGACUAUGAGCAGAACUUCCAUUUUUUAUGGACAUUGGUUGAACAUUAAAAUGAACCACGCACACAUUAAUUUAUUGCAUUACAUGUAAUCAAGACUUCACUCGAAUUGAAUAUAAAUGUUGCCAGGCUGUGCAAUGCCUUGUGACAUUUAAUGACCAUAGAGAGCCUGACAUUUUAUGUUAAUGUUUUUUUUUAAUGUACACGUUAUAGAACUGUAUAAUGACAAUUCUCUUCUUGAACUUGAAUUUUCAUUUAACAUAUUUCAUUUCAUAACAUAAUGCUUAUAAUUA